ACGGCAAAGGGCACCUCACAGACGGGACCGGGCCUCGGACAGAAAGAACCAGAUAGGCGGAAGGAGGAGCGCGGCCUAAGGGAGCCGAAGGCCGCCCCGCCUCCGCCACCGCCCGCCCCGGGGGAGGUGGUGGUGCCGCGGGGGCGCGCUGGGUAGAGGCGGCAGCGGCGGAGGUCGGGACGGGGCCGAGAUGGGGCGGACGCUGGUGGAGCUCUUUUACGAUGUGGUGUCCCCUUACUCGUGGCUGGGGUUCGAGGUGCUCUGCCGGUACCAGCACAUCUGGAAUAUUGAUCUGCGCUUGCGUCCGGCUUUCCUUGGCGGCAUAAUGCAAGCAACUGGUAACAAGCCCCCAGCUAUGUUGCCAAAGCGUGGAGAGUACAUGCUGAAGGAUAUACAAAGGAUGGCAAAAUACUAUCAAGUGCCUGUAAAAAUUUCAGAAGGUGACUUCCCACGUAUCUUUGGUACAAGCACUCUUGGGGCCAUGCGCUUUAUCACAGCCAUGGAUAUGACACAACCAGGAUACUUGGAACCCUUAUCUAGAGAGUUCUGGAUACGUUUUUGGUCACAGUGUGAAGAUAUCAGUCAGCCGGAGAGUAUAUUGGCUGUUGCCAGACAGGCUGGGCUAUCAUCAGAGCUCACCCAGAAGCUACUUGAAAUGAUUUCAUCCCCUGCAGUGAAGAACCGACUGAGAGAGACAACAGAGGAAGCAAUAAAACAUGGGGCAUUUGGGAUGCCUGCUGUUGUGGCACAUUUUAACGGAGAACCUCAUCUCUUUUUUGGCUCUGAUCGUUUAGAGCUGCUAGGCAGUGUUAUAGGUGAAAAAUGGCUGGGACCAGUUCCAUCAGUUCCAAGUCCCAAGAUGUGAAAAGUCCUGGGGAAGUAUAUGAAUGAAAAUACAUGUGUACAUGGUCAGUCUUCAGCAAUUAUCUGAAUGUAUCCAAUUUUAUGGAAAGAUUACUUUCUCGUCCUUAAUGGCUAACUUUACAGCUCAUUCUCAUUUCUAAUUAAGAAGAAAUUCAAGGUUUGCCAGUAUUACCAGUCCGGUGAGGUCUUUACCAAUACAAAUGUGCUGCUUUUCUUUCAAAAGAUUAAUGAUUAACAUAAAAGAUGAAACACUAAAUAUUUAACUUCUUGCAGAUUAAACAUUAUUCUUUUCUGAUUAGCUCUUUCUUUUAUUCUAAAAGCAUGAGGAUUAAAUUUUUGUUGUGGGACUGUGA